CUACAAUGGGGUCCAGGGUGUAAAAUACGCGGAAGUAGCCUCGGCGGAAGCGGUCUGGUCUGUCAAGGGAGGAAACGUUUAGCCCCAUUUGACACAAAUAACGUAACAUCAUCAAAUUACAGCGAUUAUCUCCCCCAUCCACUGCGAUGAUCUUGCUAGAAAUCAAUAACCGCAUCAUUGAAGAGACGCUGUCGUUGAAGUUCGACGGCGCAUCGAACGGAACCAAACCCGAGGCUGUUGAUGUAACAUUUGCAGACUUUGAUGGCGUGUUGUACCACAUCUCUAACCCUAAUGGCGAUAAGACCAAAGUGAUGGUCAGCAUCUCCCUGAAGUUCUACAAGGAACUACAGGAGCAUGGGGCUGACGAGCUGCUGAAGAAAGUGUACGGGAGCUUCCUUGUUUCUCCAGAGGCUGGUUACAAUGUAUCACUCCUUUAUGACCUGGAUGCCCUACCAGGCAAUAAAGAUGAGGUUGUGCACCAAGCAGGGAUGCUGAAGCGAAACUGCUUUGCCUCCGUAUUUGAAAAAUACUUCAAGUUCCAGGAGGAGGGUAAAGAGGGCGAGAAAAGGGCUGUGGUCCACUACAGAGAUGAUGAGUCCAUGUAUGUGGAGGCCAAGAAAGACCGGGUGACGGUGGUGUUCAGUACAGUGUUCAAAGACGACGAUGACGUCGUCAUCGGCAAAGUCUUCAUGCAGGAGUUUAAAGAGGGUCGGAGAGCAAGCCACACAGCCCCGCAGGUGCUUUUCAGCCACAGGGAGCCACCCCUGGAACUAAAGGAUACAGAUGCAGCUAUCGGGGACAACAUUGGAUACAUCACUUUUGUCCUUUUCCCACGUCACACCAAUGCCAAUGCUAGAGACAACACCAUCAACCUCAUUCACACCUUCAGGGACUACCUGCAUUAUCAUAUAAAGUGCUCCAAGGCCUACAUUCACACACGGAUGAGGGCCAAGACGUCAGACUUCCUGAAAGUUCUCAACCGUGCCCGACCCGACGCUGAGAAGAAGGAGAUGAAGACCAUUUCUGGGAAGACCUUCUCCCGCUGAUGCCGAGCCCCAGGACAGCUCAGCAGAAGCCACAUGCGAACGCACCAUGCUGCGACUCAACGGCACAUUGGACAGGCCUCCAGGAUGCCUCUAAACGCCCCACACAGCCCACUCAAAAAUUUCAAGCCUUUUUUUUUUCCUUUCAAAUUAUGUUUAUUACAAAAGAAGUUUGUUGGAAAAGCCCUGGCUGAAGAUCCUGAAAACAGGCCAUACCUUGUUUUGGAUAGUUGAAGAGCAUUAUUAGUCCUAUAUAAAUAUAUAUAUAUAUAUGAAAAAAGAAUUUUUGAUACAAUUUCUUUCAUUCCAUUUGGUACUCUUAUGUGAACUUCACCACUUAAUAUUCAUUUUCAUGUGAUGGUUUCAACCCCCCCUCUGCGCUUUCAUGUUUUUGUCAUUUGAGGGAAAAUAAAACUCAAAAACUACA